GGAAAACAAUGAUGAAAACAAUGAUGGAAUACGUAAUAAAGUUUGUUAUGGCAGCGCGAGUGACAGUGGCUGCCACAGCUAAAGUUAUCAGUAAACCACGACGUUUUACACCCAGGAGAGCUGCUCUUACUCUGGUAGGUUCUAGCUUGGAUCAUAAUGACAUGUUUCAAAUGUUUUGUGUUUGUUAUGAACAGCACAAAAUGGAGAACUACCUGUUUAGUGAGUCGACAUUUGUGUGUCGUACUUUUAAUAAAUACCAGCUAAUAAAGCUGCUUUCACAUAUUUCCCAAUCAAUCAAAUCGAUAAUCAAUGAAAGUCGACAUCAAUCGAUGAUAAUUAAUCGAUAAUUAUUGUUAAAAGAUCAUCUUGUUUUAAUUCAAAUCUUGAAUCUCAAGAUGACAUUGUUCGAAAUUUGUUUCUAUUUAUACUUCAAUUAUUGAUUGUUGAUUUUCAUUGAUUGAAAAAGACAAACCCAUUUAUUACCAAAACCCGGAUGCUUAUUUUCGCUUGAACCCAUUAAGAAUGUGACCUUCAUAAUUUAUUAAAAUCAUGAAGUAUUGAAGUGGACAUCAUCCUGACUGGAAAGUUUGGAAACUGCACAACCAAGAUUUCAAAAAUUUAAUAGUAAAUAUAGAAAGCAUCAAAAUUGUGCAUCCAAUACCUCGGUUGCAUAAUACAAACAUUCCACACUGGAACAUCAUGAGCAUGGCAACAUCUGAUUGGUCCUCAGCCAAUUAUGUAUCGAUCAAUUUGAAACUUCAACAUGAACCCCCCCCCGGGCCGAGCCCGGGAAUUUGAACUUUUUGAAAUUUGACUGAUCAAAUUCUCCACCCCCUGUGCAAAAAAUGUCUUCAAAUGCCCCACUGUAACAAGAAAUUAAGCGUUCAAAUGCCCCACCUUCAUAUGAACAUUAUGAAACAGUAAAUACAAAAAGUACAAAAUAUAUGGAAAUGUUUUUUGGCAAGAUAGCGAAAUUCACUUAAAAAGUUUGGAAACCUUAUGGAAAUUUAACAGUUUUACACAAUUUUGUAGUACAUACCUUCAAAUGAAGCACAUAACUUUUACAUGCCCAUUUCUUUGAGCCAGUUUUUCACAAAAUUAAGGCCAUUUCCCUCGAAAUCAGAGAAAACUGCAUUUGCUGCGAAUGUGAAGUCUUUUCCAUGCAUGCAGAAAGCACACAAAAACGGACAAAAUUUUAAGACUUCCGGGUCAAAUUCCCCACCCUUAUCAAAUGCCCCACCACAUGGAAGACUUAGAACGUCAAAUUCCCUACUCCCUGGAGAAGACUUGAAGUCAAAUUCCCGGGAUAUGCCCGGGGGGGGGAUGUUGAAGUUUCGAAUUGAUCGGUACAUUAUACUGAGAUAACUAAUUAUAGUUUGACAUUUCAGCAGAAAAAGGCAUAGGAAUAUAGUUGCAUUGCUGAAUGUAGUCACAUUCUUUGACACCAGUACCACAGAAUAGUACUAAUACAAAGCAUCCAGUAGCAUAGCCAGCCCAACAAUUUAGUCCUGCUAUGCAAAUAUUUCCGUGUGUUUAUUGACUGUGAAAACCAGGGUACGAAUUAACAUAUCGCGAUUCGCAAAUCGCGAUGCACUUUUGAAGAUACAGUAUGCGAUACAAAAAUGUGCAAAAACUUUAAAAAACGCGAUACGUAAUAAUUGUUUGUCAAAUCAUCUCUUUUUUCCAAUAUAUUUUGACAGAAACUGCAUUUUGAACAAGUCAUAAAAUUGAAUAGAGUGCGAGGGACUGUUUAUUUAAACCAUGCUGCCAAGAUACCUAGACAGUAUAUUAUUUAUCUUUUCACAGAGAUCAAAAUCGGUUAAAUUAGUGAUGAUAAUUUAUAUUGCUGUGUUCACAGAGGUCCGACUGUUAUUGCAAUUAAAUGAACCAAUCAUAAUUCAAAAAUUUUGAUCCUAUACAUCUUGGGGGAAAGUAUAAAAGGCAAAAAAAACUUCUUCACACAUAUACUGUAGUGACAUAGAAGACAUGCCUAAACUUAAAAUGGUGAAAAACUGGGAGAAAGAAUAAAACAUUAAACUUGAAUGGGAUAUACAGUACAACCUGGUGGAAAUGUUGGAAAUAUUCGACGUGUAAAGAAUACGACGAUCGGCUCCAAGGGUUGAAAAACUACAGUCGUGCAUGGGCCGAAGGCUCUAAAAGCGCAACCUCUGAUUCUGUCAAAAAGCAUGUCAACACUGAUAUACACAAGCAUGCUGUUGAUAUAGCAAUGAAAAAAUGUUUGAGAUUAAAAAUAUUGGAAUUUCCAAUGUCUUAGGGAGCCGGGAAAAUAGACAAAUGGGGGAGUGGGUGUAUGACUUUUCAAUGACAAUAAUCGCGAUGCACUUUCCCAAAGUUAAUUCAUACCCUGGAAAACAAUCAAUUUCUAAAGAAAUGAAUAAUGAUAAUAAUUUUGAAUUUGCAUAGCGGGACUAAUUGUCGGGCUGGCUAUGCCACUGGAAGCAUCCACAGUUUUGGUAAUAUAUUGUAUCUGUGGCCUGACUUCUUCGUGAGAGAUGUUACCUUCACUUCAUGCACAAAUGUAGCCCUGGGGGUCUAGGGGCAAAGUCCCUGAAAGCUUUUGCUAUUUCAGCAUCUUAGAUUAUGUUGCCGUCACAUAUGUAAUCUUAUGUAAACAUUGUGCAAUACCAAAGAGGCCAUGCAUUGAUGUACUCGUUUUCGAGCAUAUUUUUUUUGCUGCUUUUUCACUCUUCCAGCUCAAGGUUGUGUAAAUUUUGGAUUUUAGUUCGAAAAAUUUACUUUCUAUUUGUAAUAUUUGUUAUUCUUCAAUCAUCCCAGUUCAUUUUGUGCUGAUUUGAUUGAUAUUUUUAUGAGAAAUCCAAACAUUUAUGCCAUCUAAAGCAUGGUGGGCACAAGACACAAAUAUACGAUAGAGGUAUAUAGCUUUAUAACAUAAACAUGUCGUUUUAUUGGGGGGGAAAAACCAGCUCAAAUAACCCUGUUUCUUGGAAUUCCAAAAACUAAAGCGAGUGAAAAUGAUUUUUUGUUGUUUUUUCUUUUCGUUGGGGGAAAGGUUCAGUUUAAUUAAAAACUCAAUCCAAGAUUGAGUUUUGACCUCCAUUUACCAGAGGUCACUUGGUGCUUGGAUAAAGCCCUGAGUUGUAUCUCGACAUUUUUUUAUUAUGGAUUGGAAAUGUUUUGAUUUUGAACCCAAUUGCAAAUGGAGGGUCCUGAAGGGGGGGUCCCAAUCCCAUUUCCCACCUGAAAUUUUGGCAAAAUUUUUAUUAGAAAUCCCAGUCCCAGUUAUUGAAAUCCCAGUCAAUAAAAAACCCUUUAUUUAUCGGUAGAAUAAACAGUUUUAAGACCUUUUAAGCAUGUGGCAGACACUUUAUGAAAUAUUAGGGGGGCUCGUGCCAAAGGCAUGGAAAAUUUUUAAAUUUGAAUCCCGGAAAUUGCAUUUGCAGCAUUCUGAGACACGCAUAAUCAGAAAACCCAGAAUUCCGGGUGCCAGAGUAUGCCUGUUCGCAGGUAGUCAGUGCUGUGAAUAAUAUAGUUAACAACAAAAAUCAUGACCAAAGACACCAAAAACGGAUCAAAAUUGUAUUUUAAAAUACUCAAAACGCAGAAAAUUGGGAAUCGACUCGCAUUACCUCAAUCCCAUUCCCAUUUUUGAGGACUUCAUUUCCCAUUCCCAGUGGCCAAAUCCCAGUCCCAGCAACCCAAAUCCCAUUUUCCCAGUCUAAAAAUAGAUCAAUCCCAGUUCCCAUUUUACCCCUUCAGGGCCCUCCAAAUGUAUUGUGCACAAAACAUGAGGAAAUAAUCACAUGAAAACGAGGUCAUUGAGGGAAAUAAACAGUCAAUGAGUUUAUAUUCAAUUUAUUUUUUGCCCUAGAGUCCAAGUGCUGUGAACAAAAUCAAGGAAUUGUUAACAAAAAAAUCAGAUGUGGUAAGAACGUGUUUCCAUUUAUAAAUCUCUCAGUUAUCAUAUUUUUCCUCCCAGUUUUUUUACUCCCAGAGACAUGCAGAUGUUGACAACUUCAUCCUCCGAGAGGUCUUUCUCCUUCCAGCAUAUUAAUCAACUUUUGAAGUCAGUGAUAUUCUUCACUGAAAAGAACUCCAUUUUGUAUAUUUCCUCUAAACCAGAUUGGUUUGAAAGUUGGUGUUCGACAACGUGGUUGCAAUGGUUUGUCUUACAUAUUAGAUUAUAUCCAAGAAAAGGGAAAGUUUGAUGAGGAGGUCGAACAAGAUGGUAGGUUUAUCAAACGCUAUACAUGUUUUACCACUAAUAUUACUGUAUACUAGAGAAAUUCUAAUUUGACUUCCACUACUGCUAGUCUGCUACCAUUAACGGACCAUUAACCAAUCAGAUAUGUUUGAUAUAUCUGAUUAACCAAUCAGUGAGAGGUAGUGGAAGUGUGAAGCUCUCUGGCAUAGUAUUUUACUGAAAAGGGUUGAAGAAGGCAAAUGUGCUUCUUCACUUUUGCAUCCCUGACCUUCAUUGCAGAAGGCAGAAGCCCCAAGAAAAAGUCAGAAUCUGCCAAUACAGCAAUAUUGACAAAAAUCCCCGUACUUUAUUUACUGAAAAAAGUUAGCAAGAAUUGAAAUGAAAGUUCAAAAUUACAUGUAUCAUUCUAUAAAAUGUUCCUGCCAAGAGAGAAGAGGCUCGAGUAGACAUUUUAACCAGAGAAAUUUUAAUUUACUCUACUUAAUAUUUUUUGCCAGGUGUUAAGAUAUAUAUUGAUGCAAAAGCUCAGCUGACACUGCUUGGAACAGAAAUGGAUUUUGUUGAAGAUACUUUAUCCAGUGAAUUUGUUUUUAAUAAUCCAAAUAUCAAGGGAACUUGUGGUUGUGGUGAGAGCUUUUCAGUAUAGAAAUCACAUAUUGUAUCAAUUUUCAUCUGUCAGAGUUCAAUGGAUCAAGAAGAGGGUUACUGUAACUAAGAAUCCGCUAUAAUAAUGGUAGAAGAUAUUAACUUCGUGUUCUUGUCUUGCCAAAGUACAGGUGAAUUUAGACACAGAUUAAGUAUAUGUACCUCAUCUGUUAUUUGGAUCUAUAGUGUGUAAAUAUUUUGUACAAUAUAAAUUAUAAGAUCCAAAAUGUGCAAAUACAUCCUAAAUAAUGUUAUGUUUUUCUAUUUUUUGUUUAACAUUUUCUGAUUAAGGUUUUGUAAUCUGUGCCAAAAACUCCGAAAACAUUUUUAAGAUGGAAUUCUGGUACCGAAAUUGUAAAAUUUUGUAGUGUGCAAUUGGUUUUUCGCCUAAAUUGUAGGUCCAUGCCCCCCCCCCCCCACACACACAUCACCCACCUGAGGCGUCUCAACAUUACAGGAAAGUUAUGGCAAGCUAUGGAUGGCAGUACAUUGGAAGAGCUCUGUGCUGGUCACUCUGUCUUGCUAUUGAAACAACAAGUUUCAAUAGCAAUAACAACAGUGGUAACGUUUCUCACCAUGUGUGUGUGGCGGUCCAGACAUUCUCAGGUCCGCACGCCUAUAGUGCCAGUGACAAACCAGACGUCUCGGCGGGAAGAGAUUAUUUCGCUGGCCCCAGAGUGACAAAACGUAACAAAGCAACGGUUUUACUGACACUAACCCUACUCCAAACACCAACUCUAAUCCUAACCCUAACCUAACCCUACUCCAAUUUUGUUUCUAAACCAAUCUUGAAGAAAAACGUUUUGAUAAAAUGUCAUUCUGAGGUCAGCGAAAUAGUUGAUGCCGUCUCGGCGGGAGAUUUUGUGAAGUGACUUAUGACAGCACAGUUCUAGCAGUCUCUGGCGACCCUAAGUUGUGUUUACACUAAGACUGACAUUUCCAGAGACUUACCUGCUACCUAGGACCCGACUUAAGACCCGUUUACACCAGAUACCUCCAACAACCAAGGGCAAGGACCAAUUCAUGAAUGCAAAAUAAAGUGAAAUGUUAAGAAAUGAAAAUGGGGAGGGGGCAAUCUGAAUUAUAAAUGAGUUAUUCUAUAUAUGGAAUACGGGGGACGCGUCUUGAAAAUAAAUGUCUUGCCGUUGGGGAUGUUUGGAAUUUGGAUCGACAAUUUGCAGCUGAAAAUUUAGAAAAAACCUUUCAGAUUUUUAUAUUGUAUAUUGACAAUGUUAAAUACUGUAGUUUUUAAAAAUUUAAUGAUGCCGUAAUAUAAUACAGAUGUCAUAUUUUACAUAUCUACACCUGUUUCAUUAUAGUUAUUAGUUUGCAGUUUUGGAAAACAACUUAAGGGUAGGGUGAGACAUUUCGAGACAAUUCUUGUUUUUUAAUAUAUUUUAAUUACACAUGCACUAUACAGAGUACAGUGGCCCAAACGAC